AUGAAUCGUCCAGAAAAUAUGAUUCUUCAAUAUUAUGCCAGACAAGGAAGCAAAAUUAUAUUUUAUUAUGUCUUAUCAUUGAUAAAUGAACUCAUCAAUCAUUCUGAAGAGAGAAGCUUACCAAUCGAAAUCGAUUAUGGCAUAGACAUACAAGAAUAUUUCUAUUACCUAUUUAUACCUUUGUACAUAUCAAUGUUUAUAGUUCCUCAUGUAAUCGCAUCUUGCGAUACCACGUACUUGCUAUACGUCCACCAUGCCAAUGCUUUGUUUGCAAUAGUCAGUUAUGAAUUGAAAACUAUUCACAUUUUCGAUACAAGUAGCUUAAUAAACUUAAAGGAUUAUGACUUACUCGAAAAGUAUAAAGAUGUCGAAUUAUCACCAGACGAACAGAAGAAAAUUUUUAAAAAAUUAUUGCUUUGCAUAAGAAGACAUCAAAAUGCAAUAAGAUACUCAAACCUCGUUGAAUCAUUUUUCACUAAAUCCAUAUUAGCUCAGAUGUUUUGCAACGUCAUCAGUCUUAGUAUUGGUGGAGUUGAAACAAUCUUGAAUUUAGGCAAUACAAGGAACGCGAUGCGAUUUGGAGCACUUGCAUUGGCACAAGCUAUACACAUAUUCAUCCUUUGCUUCCCAGGGCAAACGCUAUUAAAUCACAGUGAAGAAGUGUACACCGCGGCGUAA